ACGAACUACCCCAUCUUGCACUAUUCAAUACUGUUCGUCGAUACAACCAUUGAGGAACAAUAGGUGCGAUUAAGGUGUACUCUCAGAGUUACUAACUCAGUUAUAACCACGUACUUAUCAGUAGUAGAAGCUCUACCUCUACUAGCUAGGUUGUUGUAAAAAUGGCUCAGCAAGAGGAAAUCGUCGCGGAAGUGCCGGCUGCCGAAGCACCGGCUGUCGAAGUCGAAGAAGGUUUUUUCUUUCAAUUAUUUACCAUAUCCAAUUAUUAUAUCCCGAUAACCAGACUAUUGAAUACAACUAGCUAUGUAUCAGCAUCAAGAUGAAUGUUCUUCUUAAAUCACGAUUGGGUACACUACUACUACUACUACCCCCAUUAAGGAUCAAGACGAAUACCACUGACUGUUCUACCUCCUACCAGUAAGUAUCAUCUAUGUUGUUCAUGUUCUUGUAUCUUCAUCUACCCCAGCCCCAGCAGCGGCAGCACCAGAGGUCGUCGAGGAAACUCCGGCUACAGGAUUUCAGAUGCAGCCACUUUUUGCGGGACAGCUCCAACCGCUUCCGGCAACCUUUGGAUUGCAAAUGCCCACUAUUGGUAGUACAGUUUAUGACGAUGAUGAUCAAAGUAAGGUAAAGCAAGGUAGGAAAUUUGAUAUUUAACUUUAGAAUGAAUUACUUCUUAGAUCGUUACUUAGGUAGAGUCUCUCAUCUCAUCAUCCAUGAUCAACUUUGUUUUCAUCGCGUGAUUCCAAUCCGCCAGGUCUGUCGCAGCCGUACCAAUUUCAAACGCAGGCCUCUCAGUUUUUGCAAGAACCAGGGACACAAACAGCAAGUACUUUGUCACUCUCGCUUCGUAAAUGCGCCUAUUGAGAUUCAAAGCAUAAGAACUCAGUUGUAGAACCACACAAACACAAAGAGGACCGACAUCAUAUUAAAGCAACUCUGCACACAACAUGAUUACACAUUACUCCAUACGAGGCAAAUUUAUCCAUUCACUCAUGCAACAGGCCUCGAAAACACGGGAUUCGUUUUUUUUCCGGAAUUUGAUCCCUCUAUCUUGGCGGCUGCUGCUAGUCCAGGAAAUGGUUCUACGGUAGAGCUAAACUACACCACUCGCGACGCUUCGCUCACGAAGUCCAAGAAGAAAGGGCAAAAAAGUUGCCUCUGCUUCUAAAUUUUCCAGUAGCUAGGUGCUCCACCACUAAUAUGGAUGGUGAAAGAAUGGUUGUGAUCUCCUUUCUCUCAACGAACUUGUAGCUAUGAAUGUAUGCUAAAUAGAAAGAGAUUAGCUUUCUCGUUCUCGACACUGGUGAGCUUUCCUAGCCUAUUAGGUAUUGAUUUGUCUACUUCUUAUUCUUUCGAAAAGAGCAAAAAAAUUACAAAAAAAGUUUAUGAUACUUCUAUCUGAGACCUAAUUAAUAUAGCAAAUUUUUCCUUGUUUCGACAACCGGCUCACAGACGGUAUGGCAAGCCCUUGUCCAUACCUUAUUUUCCCUGGUGUCGACGUCGAGCCAAGGGAAACUUUACUAACACUACUUUUUUUUUGGUCUAUUCUUAUUGUACAGUGCUAAAUAGAAGAAGAUAGCCGUCGAUGCCAUCUACUGCAGUUUCAUCUAACCACAACAUAAAUAGAGGUAGCCUUCUAGGCUUAGACAUAGUUGUAUCUAAAGAAGAGAUGCAGAUCUCUUUGCGCUAACGAUGAUGAACCAUGACAAUCUAAUAAGAAACAUGUAGCUAGAAAUGGGUGGGUGCAUACCUGUAGUCACCUCCGCUCGCCAGAUACUAGCAGCUUAUCAUGCCAAUCGGAAGCUCAACAGGCUUCGUACAUGAAAUUUGAAACGAAUUUUGCACCACUUCUGUUGAUUGGCCAUCUACAUAAACUUUUAAGAUUCUUCAUCUCAUUUGGAUAGAACUCAAACAACACGCGUACGACUAACAUAAAACGCAGCAUCUUAAAACCUUAAAUGUUGAACCUGAAGGCAUCAACUGUGGUCUCGAAAAGAGAUUUUUAGUGGAACAAAGGUUUUCCAAAAGCAUUGUAUGUUCUUGGAAUCCAACACGCUGACGAAGAUCCUAGUCAGCUAAGUAGGUAAAAACACUAGGCAUGCG